AUGGGCUAUAUUCAGUCCAAGGCAGAUUACUCAUUAUUUUCCAAGAUCGGCACUAGAGGACGAACAAUUGUUGUAGUGCAUGUGGAUGACAUCAUCAUUGCAGAGGACGAUUUGAAUUCAAUCAAUUCUCUAAAGUACAUGAUGAAUGAAAGAUUCAAGUUGAAGGAUUUAGCCAGACUCAGAUAUAUUCUUGGCAUAGAAUUAGCUACUUCAAAAGAUGGUAUCUUCUUAUCUCAAAAGAAAUAUCUUCUCAACAUACUGCAUGAGACAGGGCACAUGGGAGUAAAACCAUGUGAGACACCUAUGGAACAACACAUAAAGCUUGACAACGAAAAGGGGGACAUCCUCAAAGAUCUAAAUCAUUACAGAAAAGUGAUUGAAAAACUACUAUAUCUGACCAUAACAAGGCCAAACAUUGUUCACACAAUUCACAUCUUGAGCCAAUUUAUGAGUCAACCACGAGUGCCACAUAAAGAAGCCAUAAACCGUUUAUUGAAAUAUCUAAAGGGAACUGCUAGAUAUGGAGUUAUGAUGUCAUCAGAGGGGCCAAUUCACCUCAAAGCAUAUUGUGAUUCAGAUUGGGCUUCAUGUCCAAUGACACGAAGAUCUACAUGCGGAUACUGCACCAUGAUUGGGAAUAGUCCUAUCACCUGGAAAACCAAGAAACAAACAAUAGUCUCUAGGUCAUCUGCAGAAGCAGAAUAUAGGUCUAUGGCUCUCACCACAUGUGAGCUUAUUUGGCUAAAGGCAUUACUCAAAGAUCUCGGGAUUGUCCACAAAGAGCCAAUGACAUUAUUCUGUGACAACCAAGCUGCAAUGCAUAUUGCAGCAAAUCCAGUGUUCCAUGAAAGAACAAAACACAUCAAAAUUGAUUGCCAUGUGGUGAGAAAUGGAGACAUCCAAACUCAAUUCGUUUCCACAACUAAACAAGUUGCAGACAUGUUUACCAAGCCCUUGGGACGAGAAGCACUCCAAAAUUUAAGAAGCAAGUUGGCGCUUGGCAAUCCAGGAGUGUCAACUUGA